CCGGCGACUGCCAUGAAAUAUACACGACAGCAACAACUGUCCGUCAGUGCACUCUAAGUCAUAUCUGGAUGUAUAUUGAUGGUACUACGGAAUUUUCCAAUCGCAGGUCAUGGGAUGGCUUGGAUGGCAAUGUUUAUCUAUGAAUUACUCAUCUUUGUCCUCACAGUCUUCAGGACCUGGAAAACUAGAGGAUUGCGGUUCUCCCUAUUAUCCAGGAGAGAUAUCCUUGAUGUCAUAUUCCAAGAUGGUGUGAUGUACUUCGUAGGAAUGACAUUAGUCAAUUUACCCAACAUUCUGACGCACCUCUGUGGUUCAGGAAUCAUCAAAGGCAGCCUGAGUGUAUUUACUACUUGCAUGUCUGUCACUCUCAUCUCUCGCCUGAUGCUCAACCUCCACGGAUGUGUCGACACUGGUGUUUUUUCUAACCCUGCCGAGACCAGCCCCGAUGUCCUUACCACCAGGGUCGACGUAGAGUCUGCGGUUUCCUCGGACCAUUGGUAGGCUGGUACUGGAUCUUGUUCAUGGAUGUAAGUGUUGUUGAAAGUUAAAAACUGUUCUUUUAGUCCUUUUCUUGAACGCAGCAUGGUAUGCUUGCUCGAUAUCUAUGUAGAAACGGCUCAUUUACAGCUCUUUGCAUAAUUAUGCGGAAACGCGAAAGUUGAAUUUGCAUCUCGGAAAUGCCC